AUGUCGUUCGCUCCCGAGCUCACACCCACCGAGCAAUUGAACAAGACUGCAGAAAAGCACGAGGCUACUACUGGCGGAGUUACCCGUGAACUCGCAAAUCAUACCAUCUCCUCCAUCGCGGCCCUAAAACCGCUGACAUCUGACUCCAAGAUCCUCGACAACGCUUGCGGCACCGGCAUCGUCACUGUCAUCAUCCUUAAAUCCGGGAUCAAUCCUGAGAUCCACACCUUCGACGUCGCGGAGAACAUGGUCAGCAUCGCUAGGGAGCGGUUCUCCGCCCACCCAACGUCCAAACGGCCGUCAUGGCAGGCAAGGAACUCUCCUUUUCUGACGACACCUUCACACACUGCACCACGAACCUUGGUCUUAUGUACUUCACCGACGCGGAUCAUCCAGGAGAUCCAGGCCCAGAUCCAUUCGGAUGAAACGCCGUUCAAGCCGCCUGUCUCCGACAUCUGGCUCGACCCUGAUCAUACCAAGGCUUUGCUAUCAAGCCCCGGGUUCGAAGUGACCAGCACUCCAAUCGACAGGCAUCUGGGUGGCGAGAUGGCUGAUGGAGUCGUUGAUCUUCUAUUUCAUGGAUUAGGCUCGAAGGUAUCCAAUUCUUGGAGCAAGGAGGAAAAGGAGAAGGGCUCUGAGAUAAUGAAGAACAUUUAG